CUACACUUCACGUAAGGAACGACAUUAUACAUAUUCGUGCGUACCGAGAAAUUGAUGAGAUCAAUGGCUCUCAACCUCUUCUCUUCGUCCUCCCUUCGGGUUUUCAAGCCAAGCGUCGGAUGGCUGUCUGUCUGCCGAUGGAGCUCGACGACCUCUUAUCAACAGCCUACCUCUGACCGUAAUAGGAACCCAACACUACGCCCUCGUCGCCGAGUACCGAACCGGCAAAGAUUUAUUGAGGAUCAAAGGGCCCAGGGAGAGAGCAAGGCUCUAGAGAGGUUCAUUACUCGCGAGUGGAAGGCGGGAGAUAUUUACGCCCCUCAUGAUCUCAGUGCGGCAGAAAUGAAGAAGUGGAAACGGAGUCGUGGCCCAUCUAGGGACAUUUUUGAUGCCGUCAACGUGAACCCGUUAGACCUAUAUAAGAAUUUUGCCGUCAUGUCCGAAUAUAUGACAAGUAUGGGACGUAUUAAACAUCGACGUGAUACUGGCCUGCGACCUGUGAACCAGCGGAAAAUUGCCAAAGCCAUUCGGAGGGCUAUUGGUGUUGGACUCAUGCCGAGCGUUCACAGACAUCCGGAAAUUUUGGCAGCAGAGGCAAGGUCGAGAAUGGAGUCAUUAUAAAUCAGGAAUUGAUUCAUAUCAUAUCGGUGCAUUUAGACACAAUGGAUAUCGGAUGGAGGCGCAGGAAUCCUUUUCUUUUUGCUACCGUCCUCAAAUGUGAAUAAAAGGACAAUGUAUGUACUAUUAUUACCUAUUUCUGUACACUGGUUAUUAGCGACUCUUGCUCCUACCUAGUAGAACGCUGUCCGAAUGAGCAAUGGAUACUA